AUGGCCAUAAUUUUAGAUAACGGUUGUUACACUUGCAAAGUUGGCUUUUCCAAUGAAACUAGACCUCGGCUUAUGCUAAACAGCAUAAUCAAAGCGAAGAGUGAAAGGAGAACUAGCUUUAUUAGUAACCAAAUAAAUGAUUGCAAGGAUCUGUCAGGAAUAUUCUAUUUAUUACCUUUACAGAAAGGAUUUCUUAUUGACUGGGACCUUGAAAGACAAAUCUGGGAUUAUAUUUUUUCGAAAGAAAACUUAAACUUAAAUGUAGAAUUUCAAGAACAUAACAUUGUGAUCACCGAACCGCACUUCAAUUUCACACCUGUUCGGAAAUCGAUGGCUGAAGUAGUAUUUGAAGAGUUUCAAUUUAAGGGAUUUUACACCACAGCUGCUUCAACUUUAAGCUCUCGAUCAUAUCUACGGGAAAGAAAUCGCCACUAUUGUGUUGUGAUAGACAGUGGUUUUUCCUUUACGCAUGUUGUUCCGUAUUGUCAUGACAGAAAGCUUGCUAGGGCAGUAAGGAGGAUUGAUGUUGGUGGUAAACUCAUAACAAAUCAUAUGAAGGAUCUUAUUUCGUAUAGACAAUUGAAUGUCAUGGAUGAGACAUACGUCGUAAAUCAGUUAAAAGAAGGAGCAUGCUUCGUUUCAAAAGAUUUUUUUGCUGACAUGGAAUUGGCUAAAAAUAGUGACAGGAAAGUUUCGUGUAAGUACGUUUUACCUGACUUCCAAAACAUCAAGCAGGGAUACAUACAGGAUGAUAAGGUAGAAUCAUCAUUGUUUUCAUUUGAUACAUAUUACAUUGUGAAACUUAAGAAUGAAAGAUUUACCGUUCCCGAAGUUCUAUUCAAUCCAUCUUACAUAGGUAGAAUUAAUCAAAUUGGAAUAUCUGAGGCCAUUGUUAAUGCUCUAGAUGCAACGCCAAGAGAAAUACAACCAUUGUUGUAUAAAAAUAUUAUUCUUACUGGUGGAAAUGCAAAAUUGCCUGGCUUUAAAGAGAGAAUAUUCAACGAUGUUCGCUCUAUUACUAAUGCAGAUUUCGACGUUCAAAUUUUUUCACCUGAAGAUCCUGUAACAUACGCCUGGGAGUGUGGAGCUAAGGAAGUCCGUGAUGGUGCUCUUGAUAACCUAUUUGUAUCUCGAAAAGAAUAUGAAGAAUUUGGCUAUAAUAUCUGUAGAAAUCGAUUUUUUUAG